AUGCCAGCCCGCACGGGACGUUUGAGUAACCACAGCCACCGCGCUUUUCCCACUGGGCCCUGUCCCCCCUUCCAGUGGCAGCCAUGUUUUGGAAAGCUCAUGGAGGAGGAUGACAUCCUGCAGGAGUGUAAAGCCCAGAACAGACGACUGCUGCUGUUUUUGUCCCAGGACCAGUGCAUGAGGGAGCUGGUGCAACUGAUCACCACUGAGCCUUCAGAGGAGCUGGAGGAGAGGAGCCGCUUCAAGUUCCCGAACAUUGCGUGUGAGCUGCUGACCUCGGAUGUGUCCAUCUUAAACGACAAACUUGGUGGAGAUGAGUCGCUCCUGGAGAUGCUCUACCACUUUCUCGAGCAAGAGGCGCCUUUGAACCCGCUCCUUGCCAGCUUCUUCAGCAAAACUAUCGGCAACCUGAUCGCCCGCAAAACUGAGCAGGUAAUCUCUUUCCUGCGGAGAAAGGAGGGCUUCAUCGGUCUAGUGCUCAAACACAUCGAUGCGUCGGCCAUGAUGGAUCUGUUGCUGCGGCUCAUCAGCUGUGUGGAGCCGGCAGCACUGCGACACGACGUUCUGCAUUGGUUGAAUGAGGAGAAAUUGGUGCAGAGACUCACAGAACUUAUCCACACUGGGAACGACGAGGAGAGACAAUCAAAUGCGUCCCAAACUCUCUGUGACAUCAUACGCCUCAGUCGUGACCAGGCCACUCAGAUGCAGGAGAAUUCAGAGGAUCCACUUCUGUCCAUUCUCGAGUCGCAGGAGAGCGUCACUCAGCUGCUCCAGCACAUGUUCGAGGGCGAGAGGAGUGAAGCCUCCAUCGUGAAUGGAACUCAAGUGCUACUUACUCUACUGGAGACGCGGAGGUCAGGGUUGGAAGGGCUGAUGGAUCUGUAUUCUCAGGGUUAUGAACGGUCUUACACUGUCAGCAGCAGUAUUUUAAAUGCCAUUGAGCCCCACUUGAGGGACUUCCAGCAGAUUCUCCUCCAUCCUCCUCAGAAAAGUGCAAUAUUGACCACAGUGGGGGUCCUGGAGCGCCCCCUGGGGAACGCGCGUCUUCACGUUGUACGGCUUGUGGCCUCUCUGCUCCAGACCAGCUGCCAGUCUGUGUGCCAAGAGCUGUGCAACCUGGACGUCCUAAACCUACUACUGGACCUGUUUUUCUCUUACUCCUGGAAUAACUUCUUGCACUUCCAAGUGGAGCUGUGUGUCGCAGCCAUCUUGAGCCAGUCCUCGUCCCAGGAGCAGCAACGAAUCCUUCACAGCAACCACCAGGGAGCAGCGCCAAGUCCAGUGCCUGCAGAGGAGGCACCAGAGGAAGCGGCAGCAAGCGAAGCCACAGCCGCUGAACGCAACUCCCUCGUAGCUCAUCUUUUCCAGAGUUGUCGUUUGGUUCAGAGAAUCCUGGAUGCCUGGGAGGAGAACGACAGAAUACAGAGUGAAGGCGGCACCCGCAGAGGGAACAUGGGUCACCUGACCAGAAUUGCCAACAUGGUGGUGCAAAACGUUGAGCGUGGACCAGUGCAGGCUCAGGUCUCAGACCUGAUCAGAGAGCUGCCAGCAGACUGCAGGGGGCGCUGGGAGAUCUUUGUGGAUGAGACUCUCCGAGAAACUAACCGAAGAAACACGGUGGAGCUGGUGAGCACACAUAACAUGCACUCGUCCAGUGAAGACGACGAUAUGGAGAGCCCCUUCCCCAACGACUUGUCACUACAGCAGGCCUUCUCAGACUACCAGAUCCAGCAAAUGACUGCAAACUUUGUGGAUCAGUUUGGCUUCAACGACGAAGAGUUCAGCGAACAUGAUGAAAAUAUAAAUGCCACAUUUGAUAGAAUUGCUGAGAUCAACUUUAAUCUGGAUGCUGAUGACAAUAGUGCCAACGCUACUGCCUUUGAAGCCGCAUGUAAAGAGCGCAUUCGGCAGUUUGAUGAUGAGGACGAGGACAUCUGGGAGGACAGGGAGAUCAACUAUGCAACACAAGCCAAAUCCAGGAGCCGGUUUGGAGUAUCACAGUCCUCUGAGGGCGACAGGAGCAGUUUAGAAAAUGGACGAGAUGCAGAAGGAUCGGAGUCUGACGAGGACAAUGACUGCGCAGAGCCGCCUCACACAGAGACAGGUCCUGGGUGGACGGCCACAUUUGGAGACUCUGGGGUUCCAGCGGCAGCACAGAGCCCAGUUCAGUGGGACUCUAGUGGGGACAAGAGUCAAGAUUCUGGCUGGGCCAACUUCACAGAGUUCCAACCUUUUACUGGCGCCGAUGGAGAGCCGCGGUGCAGCUCUCCGGUCGACGCUCAGACUGAAGCCAAGCCAGAGCAGCCGCCAGAGGAACAGGGGACCUCCACAUCCCCAAAACACAGCUCCUUAGACGGCUCGCAGUCAAAGGAGAACCCUCCUACCCAAAGCAACACCCAGAGCCCACCACCAGAGGGCAGCACACAACAGAACAGUGAGGAGAUCUCAGAGUCACUGGAGAAAUUGUCUUUUUCCGAAGAGACAUCGGUCAAAGCAGAGAAGCAGGAGAAAGAGGACUCUGCAGCUGUCCCAGCGGAGGCCUCUGUCAACGGCCCGGUUUGA